AGUAGCACUAUGUUGAUUUCUGCGACCUGAGGUAAAAGAACAAGCCCUAGCCACUUCGAAAAACUAACACGAUGGUGCUUCUCGCCACCGAUGGAAUGGUGAGUCCUCGGAACAUAAAGGGGGAAGAGUACCUCCCUGAAGAGGUCCGUGGAAAAUACGGCGAGUUAGUGCGGCUGAACCUCCCCUACCACACUCGGGAAUACUUCAGCACAGCGCCCGGGCUGGCGAAGGACGUGAUCGCGAAAGGGAUGCCGGUCGAAAUGAUCGAUGCCGCCCGCAAUUUCCACCAAGCCAUCAAAGAAGGAAAGAAUCCCUGGGUGGUGGAUGAGGCCGAGGUCUCCACAGAUGAAGAAGAACAGAAAGUCGACAAAUCGUCCGCAAUAAAGCUACCAACUUUCGACUGGGACGAAGAGCGUGACGUUCAAAAACUGUAUGUAUUUUUUACUUUUGGCUUUCAUUCUUGUACUUGUUAGAUCUUCUUCCAUCAAUACAUCGUAAAGUAGAUACAACAGUCACUUUUUUAUUGAUCUGACCCGAUCAUGCAGUUCCCAAGUCCACCUCUACUCUCCCCAAAGGAUUGAUAUGAUGAGGUGAAGAAAAAAAUCGAACAAGUAGUACAAAAGAUGUGGGAUUGCUCGUAAAACAAGUUGCCAAGACGCGAUUCUGUUUUUCACUCGCAGGAUUUGUGGCACGAGUUUGUGGGUGUGCCGCAUGGGCGGUUGUACAAGGACGUGCACAAGCGAAACGUUCCUUUCGGCCUCUGCCACCUGUGUCCCGGGAUGACUUGCGCGUUCCUCGCGGUGUUUCCGCUGGUGUUUAUCCCGUUACUGCACAUGAUCAGUAAAAAACGCGUCCACAAGUACGACGCGUCGGUGCGGCAGUGGCAGGAGGAAUUCAACAAGCAACUGGAGCCGUACGGCUUGGGCGUGAAGACCCGAUCGCACUGCUACGUGAUCCACCACAACGAAAGCGAUGAGGUGGAGCUCACGCGACGGAUCGCGUUUGCCGUUACCCCCGCGGAAGUGCUCAAGCUGCGACGAGAAGACCACAUCACCGGAGAGAAGGUAAACAACAAGGGGUGCUGUGGAGUGAACAUGGAGGAGCUCGCCAUGAUUCCCCCCUUUGGCUUGUAGUUGCAGUCAAUCUUCAAUGCCGGGAAGUGUGGGUGGGGAUGGAUUGUCUCUGACACUAAGAUGAGGAUCAUCAAAUGAAGCCAACAACAAACAAUGCACAUCGCUCUUUCUUUCGAUGCCGCCUCAAGGACUUCACCUACAUUCUUGCUUCGUUCAUUGUCAUACUUUUACUUGUUUCGCAUUUUUCACUUUUUCAAUCGACCGCGUUUCGCUUUUUCAAACCGUUUUGCAAAAGGCCUCUCUAUAGAAUCAAUUUACAUCAGGAUAUUCGACUAUGUUCGAACUGCUCGGUCGACCUCAACAAGUCGGUAUUGUGCUUCUGGUCUCAUAAAGUCUCGCUCUAUCUCUCAGAUGUAGUCCUCCAUGCCGUGCUGUUUUCAGCUAACUUUAUUUUUGCAUGCGGUGUAGAACACUCUGGGUCUAGUAUUGAACAAAUUUUAUCGUUGUCCAUUCCACUGCAUUCAGGGUGAGUAUUAGAGAUUUGACAACCUUACAUUUUGCAACUCCUGUGCUCAUUGUGCUCAGCAUGACAAACUUGUUAAAGAUGUAUUUUUUAUAAAAUGAAUGGCAUGCGUCCUUACGCUCGGCAAAUCGAAGUCAAGAAAGGUUCCGAACAUGAAGGAACAGGAAAU